AGUGAAAGAGGAGGAGACAGAAUAUCAGAUUAACACCAAAAUUGACUGGGAGAGUGACACAGAAGGAAUGGACGAGGACUCUGUGAGUGACCACAGUUAUGAUUCCAGCGCGGAAGAAAUGUUUUUGGAAGGAAAAGAUCCACUUUUAGACCAUGAUAGCGUCUCUGACUGGGAGCCUCCGGUGCCAUGGUGCCCAUCCCCCACUGAAGCGGGUUCAUCCAGCCGGACUCCUGCUGUCUCCGGCUCCACAACUACCCCCGCCCGGCCAUCUAGAGGUGGGAAGAGGGUAACAAAGAAGCGGAGGAAGGGAAGUGUGGAACCUGCUGGUAGAGAGGUAGAGGGGCAAUGGCACUGUUUGCUGGAGGAAGAUGUGGAGCCUCGUGCUCCAAUUUUCCGACCUAAAAGGCAACCCGGACCUCAGCUCGAUAUGACAUUGAAGUAUAGCCCGAUGCAACUUUUCCAACUGUUUUUCACCCCGGCAGUUGUUGAUUCCCUUGUAUGCAAUACUAACAAGUAUGGGGCUAGGAAGCAAGCGGGAAAGAAAGAGGCAUGGAAGCCCAUUUCCAUGUUUUUAAAUAUCUCACGGGCGCUGCACAUCAGUGACCCAGAAGUUGAUGAGGAGAAUGACAGGAGGAGAGGCACCGCACGGUUUGACAGGCUCUGCAAAGUCAAACCUCUCUACGCCAGCAUGGUUGAGGCUUGCAAGACCCAUUUUCAGCCCGCACAGAACUUGUCCAUAGAUGAGAGGAUGCAUCCUAUCUGA